GUCCCCCCUCCCUGUCCCCUCCUUCCCUCCAAACCCGAUGCCUGCCAAAAUUUUCCGGCUGCCUCCGAACUUCCUCAAUCCAGCGGCAUAAAAAGCGCAGCGGCCGCGGCUCCCGCAGGCCCCGUCCCGGCGCUCCCACCGACGGCUCCGUGCUCGUGCUCAGCCGGUCCCCAGGAUGUGGUGGCCCGCGCUGCUGGCCCUGCUGGUCCCCGCGGUGCUGGCCCAGUUGCACCCGGAGCCGGAACUGGAUGCGCAGUGGGAGCUGUGGAAGAAAACCCACCACAAGCAGUACAACGGGCAGGCGGACGAGGUGACGCGGAGGCUGAUUUGGGAGAAGAACCUCAAAUACAUCAACACCCACAACCUGGAGCACGCCCUGGGCCUCCACACCUUUGAGCUGGCCAUGAACCACCUGGGUGACAUGACCAGCGAGGAGGUGGUGAGGACAAUGACCGGGCUGAAGGUGCCCCGUGGUCACCGACGCCACAACGAGACCCUCUUUGUCCCCGACUGGACCGAGAGAGCCCCGGCUGCCAUGGACUGGCGCAAGAAGGGUUAUGUGACCCCUGUCAAGAACCAGGGCCAGUGUGGCUCGUGCUGGGCUUUCAGCUCGGUGGGUGCCCUGGAGGGGCAGCUGAAGAGGAAAACAGGGAAACUGCAGUCUCUGAGCCCCCAAAACCUGGUGGACUGCGUGGCCAACAACGACGGCUGCGGGGGCGGGUACAUGACCAACGCCUUCGAGUACGUCCGGCAGAACCGCGGCAUCGACUCCGAGGACUCCUAUCCCUACAUCGGCCAGGACGAGAGCUGCAUGUACAGCCCCACCGGGAAGGCGGCCAAGUGCCGCGGCUACCGCGAGAUCCCCGAGGGGAAUGAGAAGGCCUUGAAGAGGGCGGUGGCCCGGAUCGGCCCCAUCUCCGUGGGCAUCGACGCCAGCCUGCCCUCCUUCCAGUUCUACAGCCGGGGCGUGUACUACGACGAGAGCUGCAACGCUGAGAACAUCAACCACGCCGUGCUGGCCGUGGGCUACGGGGCACAGAAGGGCACCAAGCACUGGAUCAUCAAGAACAGCUGGGGCGAGGAAUGGGGCAACAAGGGCUACGUCCUCCUAGCCCGCAACAUGAACAACGCCUGUGGCGUGGCCAACCUGGCCAGCUUCCCCAAGAUGUGAUGAGCCCGCCCAGCCCUUCCCUGCCCACUGCCCUGCCCCCUGUGCUUGGCCAGGUCCGUGAAGGCCAAUCCACCCAGACAUGCUUCAGGAAACAAUUCCACACCAGCCUCUGCUCAGGAGUGCUGGGGUGGAGGUGGAAUAUUCCCAAUGGAGAACAGAGAUCCCUCUCCCUCCACCUGGAUCCCAGUGGAGGCUGCUGGGAAUGGAUAUGACUUUAUUUUUCAACUAAAAUUGGGAAUAAGG